AUGAGAAAGGGCCUCUCCAACUCCAAGAAGAGCGAGUUAGCCACCCGAGGAGAAGUGACUGCCAAGCUGACCCCACCUCGAAUUCUCAUUGGCCACCGGGUGUGUCCUCUGCCAGGACCCGCCCCCAGCGCCCUAGAAGAGUUAUUCUCAAACCGCUUCCGUCUUUCCCCAGAAGCGUCUUUGAACACGUGGGUCACUUCCAUCCAGAGACGAGGUACAGAUGCCCUAUGGGAUUCUGAAGAGGGAGGGCCUGUCGGGUUGUAUUUCUACAGACAUCUGGAGCCACUGCAGCUGCUGUCCACUGGCCGGGCCCAGGCGUUGAUAGACAGGGGUUUCGAGGGCCCAAAAAAGCGGUUGGACAAUAGAAAGCUCUGCCACGAGUUAGACAUCCAAGCCUCCCAGAUCCGGGACCUGGGUGACAGCUCCGUGCAGGUGGCGGUUCCUACUAGUGAUUGUACAAGAAAAGAUCUACUGCAUUUAUACAACAGGUUGGAGGAUGAAAUCGCUCUGCUGAGAGUGGACAUAGACACAGUAAGAUGUCAGAGCCAGGAUAUGGAAAAGAAAUAUCUUGAAAAUAUUGAAAUUGUAAAAGUAAAGAGUGAUGACCUUCAAAGGGCAAUUGAAGUGAAUGAGGAAACAGAGAGAGAAAUAACACUCCAGCGUAAUGAACAGUUAAAUAAUCUGAAAGCUGAGAUUGCAAUGCUAACUCUUGAACUGGAGAAUCUAAAACAAAACAAAGCAAGACUGGAAACAGAACUUGAACCCUACCAUACCAGAUUGGAUCUUGUUCCAUCCCAUCAUUAUGAAAGUCAGAUACCAAGAAGAGACCUAGAAUUCACUAUCCAGGAAAUAAGAAAUGAGUACUUUAGUGCACAGGCCAAGAUGGAUUUUGAUAUAUGUAACCUCAAAAUUAAUAGUGUGAUGGUUUCCCAACAGCUUUCUAAGAACAAGACAAAAAUCUGUAACCUAGAAAAUAAGCUCUGUCAUACAACUGAUGCUCUUAAAGAAAUGACUUUGGUUUUGGAAAAUGUACAAAGAGACCUAAGGGAAACAAAGUGCCACGUGAAGAAAAUUGAACACACGUAUCAAAACGAACAAAGUAAAGUGAAUAAAUACACUGAGAAGCAGGAGUCCACAGAGGAGCGAUUAUCUCAGCUACAAAACGAAAAUACAUUGCCUCAACAGCAAUUGCAUGACCUUCACAACAACACUGACAAUAAAGAAGAGACAGUAAUUAAUGUCCUACACAGAUUUCAUGACAUUAUAAAAGUACUUCAAGAUGAGAGUAAAAAAUACAGUCUCAUGCUGGAAAACAGAAUUAAGGGACUAAUUAACAGUUGUAACCAUUUUGAAGAAAGACUGCAAGAAAGAUAUGGAAAGGAGAAAGCAGAAAGGGAGGUAGCAGUGAGACAACUUCAACAAGAGCAGGCUGAUACCCUGAAAGGACGAUCUAUGUCAGAGUCUUCACUAGAAGUUUCAUCAGGUUAUCGCCUUAGUUUAGAAGAGGAGACACAGAAUUUAAAGAAGGAACUAAAUCAGAACAUAAGUCAAGUACGAAUGAAUUUGAAAAUAUCAACAGUCAAUCUAUAG